AGGAUCAGCUGCCCGCAGGUUUCCCCACCAUAGACAUGGGCCCUCAGCUGAAGGUGGUGGAGCGCACCCGUACCGCCACCAUGCUCUGUGCUGCUAGUGGGAACCCUGAUCCUGACAUCUCCUGGUUCAAAGACUUCCUCCCAGUCAACACCAGUAACAACGGCCGCAUCAAGCAGCUCCGAUCAGAGUCCUUUGGUGGUACGCCAAUAAGAGGAGCGCUGCAAAUCGAACAAAGCGAGGAGUCGGACCAAGGGAAGUACGAAUGUGUCGCGACCAACAACGACGGCACACGUUAUUCCGCUCCUGCCAACCUGUAUGUCAGAGAGCUGCGAGAAGUGAGACGGGUUCCGCCCCGGUUCUCCAUUCCCCCAACGGAUAAUGAAAUCAUGCCUGGUGGCAGUGUAAACAUCACCUGUGUGGCCGUCGGGUCACCCAUGCCCUAUGUUAAAUGGAUGCUGGGGUCAGAGGAUUUGACCCCUGAGGAUGACAUGCCCAUUGGGAGAAACGUGCUGGAACUCACUGACGUGCGGCAGUCAGCCAAUUACACGUGUGUCGCCAUGUCAACGCUGGGCGUUAUAGAGGCGGUCGCACAGAUUACGGUCAAAGCUUUACCGAAGCCACCAGGUGUUCCCCAGGUAACCGAACGCACGGCAACAAGCAUCACGCUCACAUGGGAUUCUGGAAAUCCCGAACCUGUUUCGUACUACAUCAUCCAGCACAAGCCCAAAAACUCUGAGGACUCUUUUAAAGAGAUUGAUGGAGUUGCUACCACUCGAUACAGCGUGGGCGGGCUGAGUCCUUACUCUGACUACCAAUUUAGAGUAGUCGCCGUAAAUAACAUUGGACGCGGGCCUCCCAGCGAAGACAUUGAGGCCAAAACUGCGGAGCAAGCGCCAAGUACCGCCCCACGACAAGUCCGAGGGCGCAUGCUAAGUGCCACUACUGCUAUCAUACACUGGGACGAACCCGAGGAGGCCAACGGCCAGAUUACAGGCUACAGGGUUUACUACACCACCGAUCCCAGCCAGCACGUCAACCAAUGGGAGAAACAGAUUGUAAGGACCUCCAAUUUUCUCACCAUUCCCGGUCUGACGCCCAAUAAGACUUACUACAUCAAGGUCCUGGCCUUCACCUCUGUAGGGGACGGACCGCUCUCAUCAGAUCUGCAGAUCAUAGCCAAAACUGGAGUGCCCUCUCAACCAACCGAUUUCAAGGGUGAAGCCAAAUCCGAGACAAGCAUUUUGCUAUCGUGGAACCCCCCAACUCAGACAGGCCAGGACAAUCAGAUCAUCGGAUAUGAGCUUCUCUAUAAGAAAGGAGAUGACAAAGAGGAGAAACGUGUUAGCUUUGAGCCCACCACGACCUAUUUACUCAAAGAGCUGAAGCCAUUCACUACCUACAUGUUUCAGCUGGCUGCUCGCAGCAAACACGGCAUCGGCGCGUACACCAACGAGAUCUCGGCCGAAACGCCUCAGACACAGCCCUCAGCCCCGCCCCAGGAAGUCAAGUGCACUAGUCACAGUUCUACCAGCAUUCUGGUAAGUUGGAAACCGCCCCCUGUUGAGCUUCAGAACGGAAUCAUGACCAAAUACACCAUCCAAUAUGCUGCGACCGAAGGAGACGAUACCUCCAUGCGACAAGUGUCAGACAUACCGCCGGAAAAGUACCACUAUCUCUUGGAGAACCUGGAGAAAUGGACGGAAUACAGAGUGACCGUGAACGCCCACACAGAAGCAGGAGAAGGCCCUGAGAGUUUACCUCAGCUAAUUCGUACGGAGGAGGAUGUGCCCAGUGGCCCUCCUCGUAAAGUCGAGGUGGAGGCUGUCAACUCCACGUCUGUUAAAGUGCUGUGGCGGUCGCCGGUGCCGAGCCGACAGCACGGACAGAUCCGCGGCUACCAGGUGCACUAUGUCAGGAUGGUUAAUGGAGAACCCGUCGGGCACCCGGUCAUCAAGGAUAUCCUGAUGGAUGAUGCUCAGUGGGAAUAUGAUGAUUCAGCUGAACAUGAGCUGGUUCUGUCAGACUUGCAUGCUGAGACCACGUAUUCGGUCACGGUUGCGGCGUACACGACUAAAGGCGAUGGGGCGCGCAGCAAACCCAAGCUGGUCACCACCACCGGAGCCGUUCCCGAAAAGCCUCGUCUGAUGGUGAGUCCCACGAACAUGGGCACAGCUCUCCUGCAGUGGCACCCGCCGCCCAACACCUUCGGCCCGCUGCAGGGCUACCGGCUGCGCUUCGGCCGCAAGGACGUGGAGCCGCUGACCGUCAUCGAGUUCUCUGAGCGGGAAAACCACUACACCACCAAGGAAAUCCACAAGGGGGCGUCCUACACCUUCCGCCUCUCCGCCCGAAACAAAGUGGGCUUCGGGGAGGAGACAGUGAAGGAGAUCAGCACCCCUGAGGACACGCCGGCUGGGUACCCGCAGGGUAUCGUAGCCGAAAGCAGCACCACCACCACCAUCCAAGUCAGCUGGCAGCCGGUGGCGCUAGCCGAACGCAAUGGAGCCGUGGUCAAAUACGCCCUUCAAUACAAAGACAUCAACAGCCCGCGCAGCCCCUCGGAACUGUUCAUCACCGCGCCCGAAUCCACCGUCACGCUAGACGGCCUAAAAGCAGACACCACAUACGAUAUUAAAAUGUGUGCCUUCACCAGUAAGGGUCCCGGGCCCUACAGUCCCAGCGUCCAGUUCAGAACGCAGCCUGUCAAUCAAGCAGUGUUCGCAAAAAAUUUCCACGUGAGAGCAGCCAUGAAGACCUCGGUGCUGCUGACGUGGGAGAUUCCCGAAAACUACAACCCCGCGCAGCCCUUCACGAUCCUGUAUGAUAACGGUCAGAGCGUGGAGGUGGACGGGAAGCUGACGCAGAAGCUGAUUGUUAACCUGCAGCCGGAGACGCAGUACUCAUUCCUGCUCACCAACCGCGGGAACAGCGCCGGCGGUCUGCAGCACCGCGUCUCCACCAUGACGGCUCCAGAUAUUCUGCGCACCAAACCCUUCCUGAUCAGCAAGACCAAUGCAGACGGUAUGGUGACGGUGGAGCUGCCCGGCGUCCAGACGGCGGAGAGAGUUCGGGCUUACUACAUAGUGGUGGUGCCACUGAAGAAACAGCGGCCGGGGAAGUUCAUCAAACUGUGGGAGAAUCCGGACGAGAUGAAUCUGGAAGAGUUGUUGCGUGAGAUCAACCGCACGAGUGUGUCUCUGCGCUUCCGUCGUCACCUGGAGCUCAAACCGUACAUCGCCGCAUGUUUCCACGAGCUGCCGAACGAGUUCACGCUCGGAGACGCAAAGAUGUACGGAGAGUUCCAGAACAAGCAGCUGCUGAACGGACAGGAGUACGUCUUCUUCGUCCUGGCCGUGCUGGAGAUCUCCGACAGUAUGCUGUACGCUGCCAGCCCGUACUCAGACCCAGUGGUGUUCGCAGACAUCGACCCGCAGCCCAUCAUUGAUGAAGAGGAGGGUCUGAUCUGGGUUGUUGGACCGGUUCUGGCCGUCAUUUUCAUCAUCUGCAUCGUUAUCGCCAUCCUGCUGUACAAGAGCAGUCAGCCAGACAGGAAAAGGGCAGAGUCCGAGGCCAGGAAAGGCAGUUUGCCCAGCGGUAAAGAGAUGCCGUCCCAUCAUCCCACCGACCCCGUGGAGUUACGCAGACUCAACUUCCAGACCCCCGGUUCAGCCACAUCGGUUUACCCCAGUAACCUCCAUUUGUCAAGGAUGGCCAGUCACCCUCCAAUCCCAGUCAUGGAGCUGGCCGAUCACAUCGAGCGCCUGAAAGCUAACGACAACUUGAAGUUUUCACAGGAAUAUGAGUCCAUCGACCCCGGGCAGCAGUUCACAUGGGAGCAUUCAAACCUGGAGGUCAACAAACCAAAGAACAGAUACGCUAACGUCAUCGCAUACGACCACUCACGCGUCCUGCUGUCUGCCAUCGACGGUAUUCCCGGCAGCGAUUACAUCAACUCCAACUACAUCGACGGCUACCGGAAGCAGAACGCCUACAUCGCCACUCAAGGAGCGCUGCCCGAGACCUUCGGAGACUUCUGGAGGAUGAUCUGGGAACAGCGGAGUGCAAACAUCGUCAUGAUGACCCGACUGGAGGAGCGGUCCAGGGUGAAGUGUGACCAGUAUUGGCCCAACAGAGGAACAGAGACGUACGGCCUCAUCCAGGUGACGCUGCUGGACACAGUGGAGCUCGCCACAUACUGCGUCCGCACGUUUGCACUUUAUAAGAAUGGCUCCAGUGAGAAGCGUGAGGUCCGUCAGUUCCAGUUCACGGCGUGGCCGGAUCACGGCGUCCCGGAGCACCCGACUCCAUUCCUGGCCUUCCUGCGCAGAGUCAAAUCCUGUAACCCGCCGGACGCCGGGCCCAUGGUGGUGCACUGCAG